UUUCAAAUAUGGCGUCUUUCAUAAACUAGACCGAGCACUUGCUUGAUCUUGUGUAGGAUUUCUUAAAUUUAAAAUAUUUUAAAAUAAAGUCAUGGACGAUACUUCAGAAAAGGAGAAAAAGUCAGCAGAACAAAAUGAAAAAGAUCAGGAUACUGCUGGGAAGAAAACGCCCAAAUCCGGUAAACCAGGAAGUGGAAAAAGAGUGUCCAGUGGUCAGAAAAGUCCCAAAGGUGGGAAAACUGAGAAGGGAAGAGCCACAUCCUCUAAAGGGAAUGUGAAGCCAAAACAAGCUGAAGAAAAGAAGGCAGAGGAAGCUCCGGAGGAGGAGGGAGAGGAAGGUCUUCCUGAGGGAGUUGUUGCUCUUUUUCUCUCCUCUAAGACUCAGGAGAUUUUUCACUGCCGUGCUGACCAAGACGUUACGGAAGAAAAUCCGAUCAAAAUAAUCACCAAACAGGAAAUUCUGGAUGAUAUGCGUAACAGAGCUGCAGUCUGUGACUUCCAUCCCAUCAAACAAGAAAUUAUUGAUUAUCCUACAGAUGAAAUUUUGGUGGUGUAUGAUUUUGACUUCAAGUAUGGACAGAAUUUCUACUGCGCCAUCACAGAGGAAGCCAAAGAGAAGAUACUUAAUCCCCAUGGACCAGACGGUGGGGAGGGAGGAGUCCAGGAAGAGGAAGUGAUCUACACGUAUAUACCCCCCGAACCUAAAGACUGGGUGUCAUUGGGGAGUGAGAAAGAAAUCAAAGAGGAGAGUGUUGUAGAAAAUAGACGAAGGAUUAAGGUAUCAGUAAAGAGGGUUCGUAAGGAGUUUGGAGCACCUUACAAAUUCAAAGAUCGCAAUGUGGCGGAUGCCAAGGAUGGUUGUAUUGAUUGUGCUUCAUUUGAUGACAGAACAUUUGACCUCAAAAAAAUAGAACUGGAAAAAAGUAUUCAGUCUAUCCCUGAGUGUGUGGACCAGGGGACCCAGACCGACUGGAAAUACCCCCGAAAUAACUGUACUCAGUACCAACCCAGAGAGUUCUCACAGAAGGAAAAGGAACAGUUAGAAAACUCCAAAAACCUCCAAACAUCUGUGGAAUCUGUCACACAAAGAUUUAAGCUGGCCCUACAACAAAAUGAGAUUAUGGACGUGUUCUACAUUGACUGGCUCCAUCUUGGGGAUGCUGAGGGCAACUUUGGUAAUAAGUCAGACAAUCACCUUAAGGAGUACCAGUCGUUUACAGAUCUUCAGUUUAGUAAAGAGAAGAGUAUUACCUGUAUACAAUGGCAUCCCUCAAUUAAAGGGGUUGUGGCAGUCUCGGUGGCGGAGAAAAUGACAUUUGACGAGAGAAUUGACUCGGCAGCCAAAGUCAUUAUGACUCCUUCCCUUAUUCUUAUCUGGAGUUUUACAGACCCCAUACAUCCCCAGUUGCUGCUUGAGGCCCCAGAUGAUAUCUACAGCUUUCAGUUCAGUCCAUCAGAUCCCAACAUAAUCUGUGGAGGAUGUUACAAUGGCCAGGUAGUUCUGUGGGACAUCUCUGCCCACGCAGACCGACUUAAGCAGCCUCGAGGAGGGAACAGGAACAAAAAAUCUAAUGUUUUGCCUGGAUUUGAGGACCCUAAUGCCCUGAAAACUCCAAUAGUGAGAUACUGUGCUGUGUCCAGUAUAGAGAACAGUCAUAGGGCGGCCAUCACAGACAUACAGUGGGUCCCUGACCACAUGGAGGUGAACAGAAUGGGAGUUCCCCAGGAGAACAAAUCCAUGCAGUCCUGUCAGAUCAUGACAUGUGCCGCAGAUUACAGUAUCCUGUUCUGGGACACGAGGCCCCCCAAAGGGCCAGGACAACUCAACAUUGCCACCAAAACAGACAAAAAUGAUAAAUCUCAAAUGGGAGUUCCUACAACAUUCAAACACCUAGAUCUAUCCUGGAAGCCAAUGUUGAAGGUCCAUCUCCACAAAUCAGAACCAGGGGGAGACCAUGCCCCAAUGAAGUUCUCUAUACAGGAGAAGCAGGGGGACAGAAAAGCCCUGUCCAAAGCUACUGAUGCCCCCGACAUGAGUCGUGAGAAUGCUAUGGGCGGUGGUUAUUACACAAAGCCCGGGUCUGGCAAAGACAAGAGGACUCUACAGAGUGUCAAGACUCAUUUCUACGUGGGGACGGAGGAUGGAGAAGUCGUGUAUGUGGACUGGAUGCCAGUAAAAGACCAGGAUACAGGGAAAAUUGUCACACCAAAGCCUGAUUUCUACCAUGCAAUCCAUGACGGACCAGUGAACACGGUCCAGCGAUCACCGUUUUUCAGUGACAUCAUUCUGUGCGUUGGAGGAUGGACCUUCACGAUCUGGAAGGAGGGUGUAACGACUGGACCAAUCCUACAGUCUAAUGCCAAUCCUGUCAAGAUGACCGCUGGUCACUGGUCUCCAUCUCGACCCUCAGUGUUCUACAUCGCUAAACACGACGGAAGCGUGGACGUAUGGGAUCUUCUGGAUAAAACCCAUGAACCAACGCUGACACAAAGUGUGUCCCCAACUCUGAUUACACAGCUGUUCCCCUUCCAGAUUUCACAGAAGCAGCAUUUGUUAGCUGUGGGUGACAAUGCUGGUACAUUACACAUACUGGAAAUCCCCUGGAGUCUUAGACAACCCACCCCUAAUGAGAUGACUGGAAUCUCCAACUACUUUGAGCGUGAGGUGAAGAGACGAGCCUUUGUUGUGAUGAGGUGGGACUUCAGAGAGAACGAGAAGAGAGAGUUGGAGCAGGAACAAAAAAGGAAAGCAGGGAUUGCCCCAAACGUGGUGCUGACGGACGAGGAGAUAGAGUACAGAUUGAAGCAGGAGUACCAGAGCUACCUGGACGAGGAGGCUGCGUUUCUCCGAGAACUCGGGCUCCUGAAGGAGGAGGAUGAGCCCCUCCCAGAGACGUGACCCUCAGGGCUCAUAACCCACAAAUCCAAGCUGUGAUAUUGACAAAUCAUACUGUUGUAAACUAGUUCUCUUGGAGGAUCUGUGUAUUUAUGAUCUGUGUAUUGUUGCAGACUUCAAUAACAAUUGAUGCUGAUGAUAGUUUUACUUUUCUACCAGAUGUUUAUUUAUUGACAUUGACAGUCUAUCAAGAUAUUUUUUUUAACGUAUUCACUUUAUUUUUUGGCUUCAGCCACUUGC